CUUAUUGUUUAACGAGCAGCAAAUGAGCGCACCAUGUUUUUGAACAGAGUAGAUGGAAAAACACCAGACUUUGUCCUUGAUGGCAUGACUAGCGAUGUUGAAGGAAACCUCUACAUUGCCACCUAUAAUGGACACAAAGUUUUUAAAUUAAAUCCAAAAACCAGCGAAGUGUUGGCAGAAUAUGUAUUUCCCAAUGUAAGCAAAAUAACAUCAGUUGCUUUUGGUGGGCCAAACUUGGAUAUACUCUACGCAACAACCGCAACUCGUGGUGACACACAAGAUGAAGCUGGCCAUUUGUACAAGAUUACUGGCCUAGGAACAAAAGGAUCGGCUGGAGUCAAAGUCAAAUUAUAAGAUGAAAUUAUGACAUUCCCUAAUCGUUUCCUUUUUUCAUCAAUUCAAUUGAUACGACUCACAAGAUGUUCAAUUGCCGUCUUUUCCAGUGAUUCGAUUGACGGGAAUUCUUUGCAAUGUUUUCAACAGACAACAAUGAAAUGAAUAAAAAUGUAUAGCAAA